GCAGCACCUGGCAUCGACUCUUGUCUGAAUUCGUUGACCAGGGACCGCGGAAGCUUCCGUUCGGCUGCACGCUGGAAAUGUUAAGAUACUGCCAGGCACUCCUGUUUGCUCGAUCCCAAAUGAACCAGCGCCAGUCCUUUUCUGACAAACUGUGGCUGCAGAUUAAAUACUGACCAAGGCAUUUUUUUUUCUCACGAUCAUGGAUAAAGACUGGGCCGUUCUUCAAGGAUCUUUCCUCCUGGCUGACAAGUUAUGUCUACCGUCCUCGCUGAGCUCACUUCAGAAAUGUGACUGGGACAGGGUGGGCAAGCCAAUCUUGGCCACAGUGAGGGAAAUCUGUGGCGAGGAGGAGAUCGGUGGUCAUCUGAAGAGCAAGGCUAUCUUCUGGAGGAAAAAGUUAGUUUGUGUUGUAUGGUUGAAGUUGUUGAGCAGGGAGAAUAGAGAGGACGUGGAGGAGGCAUGGAGGAACAGCACCUUUUUCCCUCUACAGAGUCCCCUUCCAGAAGUCAAUCACACUGUCCUGAUGGAACUGCUCAAAUCCCUGUCAGCGGCAGAUAUAUUUGCUCAUUUUAUACUGUGUCUUCCUCCGCAUCAGAUGUGUUGUGACCUGGAACGGUUGACAGAGCAUGUGAAAAGCAAUCCUGUGGGUGAGGAUGAUGUCUGUUUCUUUCUUGAGGUGUGGUGGCAACUGUGGAAAGGCAGACAUGAGCGGUUUGGAGAUCAGGAAAACCUUGAAGUGUUGUUUGCUAACCAGGUUGCUCAUCUUACUUCUCAGGCUGUUAGUUUGACUCAUCAGGCCUCCAAGAGGCUGAAACUAGACUCACCGGAAAUACCACACAACACGGAUGUCCUAGACAUUCUCCUUCACACGCUCACAGAUAUGAAAGAUGUCAUGACUAAACCGCAGCCCUGCUUGUAUGCGCUCUCUAACUGCCUUGAUGCUAUUUACACAACUUUCAUCAAUUAUUCGGUCAUCCUUCCUAUCAAAGACAAGAUUGUCUUCCUGUCAAAAGCCAUGAGUGUCAAAGAGAAGAAUUGUGGCAAAAUGAGUCCACAGCUUCUGCAAGAGGUUCAGCGAGACCUUCGUGCCUCUUUAACUCCAACCCAGUUUCAGCCGAGCAAAUUAACCCUUUAUGAAGCCUUGAGGAGUGUGGCAGAGCUCACCCAUUUCUGGCAAAACCACAAGUUGCUAAAAGUGUGUAGUGGCUCUCCUUCAAGUUACACAGCUUUUAGACUACAGCAAAGUGUCCACAGAAUGCUGGCAGCUCUGGAAGAAGCCGACAUGACGGGAGAAGAAGAGGUCGAGAAGAAUAAACUCCGAGGUUUACUCGCAUCACUGGCUUUCCCCACUAUAGAGAGCUCCUCUAAGGUUAAUAUGGAGGUUGCCAUGACUAUCAUAAGUCACCGGCUGGAGGACUAUCAAGAUGUCGCUGUAUUGUUUGCCAGCGAGAAGAGUUGGGUGGUCCAUGAUGAGCUGUGGCUCAAAUCCCUCGAAGAGAACAAAUCAGCCUUCCAGCAGUGUGACGCGCUAAUCCAAUUAUCCUUCACCCUCACGAGUCAACUCCACAGCGAGAGCUUCGGCGUGAGCCAGGCCAGGAGGCUGCUCAAAGUUGUCACAGCUGUGUUCACUGCACUCUCUUUGGAAGACAAGAAUAAAGCUUUGGGUGCAGUUCUGAGAUUAUCCAGCAAGGGCUUCUUUGGCUGCUCGGGGUCCUCCGCUCUGAUCGCCGGCUUUGAGCAAGAGCUUAACAUGGCUUUCAACUGCAUCAUCCAGGGAGGAGGCAAAGCACCGACAGCAGAGGGCAACCUCAGUACAGCAGUAUCUUUAGUCGCCAGAGUGGCCUUCCAGAACCCAGAGGCUACUUUGAGAUCCUGCUGCCAUUCUGCCAUCUUUAAUAAAGGGGUGUUCACUCUCAUGAGUAAGAUCCUGCAGCAGUUGCCCGGACUUGUAGGUGUGAAAGAAAGCAAAAGCGACGGGAGAAGAAAUCCAACACGUCUCCUCUGCCGGUGUCUGCAGGAAGUAAUAAGCGCCAAAUCACUCUCGGACAAUGAAAAGGAACAGUUCUUUAAGUUUGUGGAGCUGUUAAUGGCGCCAAUUGCAACAGGUGAAGGGGAGAGAGAGAGCCUUCUGUCACCUCAGGAGCUUGUCAACACUUUCGUCCUGCCUUACUUAGCUCCCUCAGGCAGCAACGCGAUUGAUCUCGAUCUAAGUCUGGAACUUCUCCACGCUGCCUUGGGCGUGGACGUUCGGCAGGAGGUAGCUUCUUCGUCAGGCCACUGGGUGCUGGAAUGCUCUCCUUUUCCUCUGCUCUACAUCCUUGCUCAGUUUCAGGACCAGACCCUCAGGUGUUGGGAGCAACCACCCAAGGGCGCUGCCCACCAUUGGUCCAUGGACACCAAAGAGCUGCUGGCAUCGGUACUGAUCACACUGGCACAGGUAGUGGGUGCCCAGGUGGAUGCUGCUCCAAGUCGCUGGUCCAGAGCUCUGUUCUGGCUGCAUGAUAAGAUGAAGGAACUGGACUGGACUGUUUACUUCUACCUGAAACCUGUGUGGGGUGGACACUUCAAAAAUGAAGUUCCCACAUCUCUGUUGGCAGUGUGUCAUCUUCCUGAGCAGGAUUGGGCGGGUCUUAACCUCCCCCAGUAUGGACCCGGCACAGGUCUUUUGGCGUGGAUGGAGUGCUGCGCAUUGUCAGACUCCCUCCAGUCUAUCAUGUUGACUUCCCUGGCUGUGGACCAGCGUCAGUCUGAACACGUCAGCAUGUUCAGUAAGGGCCUCCUGGUGGCGCUGACCCAGACCAUGCCCUGGUGUUCCGUACCCCAAUGGAGCAGAUUACUUGGCGCCUUAAAGGAACUGAUUGCUUCAGGUCAUCUCCAUGUGCCUUUCUCGCUGGAGUAUGUGGAAUUCCUGCCCCUUCUAGACCUGAGAAGCUUUUCUUAUGAACUCUGCCUUUCUGUCCUCAUGCUCAGAGUCUUGCAGUUGCUCUGCGGAUCCAGCUGUUCUCACUGGGUGACAGGAGAUUGCUGGGCCCACAUUGCAAGAUUAUAUGCUCACACGGUGAGGGAGCUGAUUAACUUGUUAAGAGCCAAAUUAGUCCGCCCUGCAUCCGGCACUCUUACAGUCUCCCCGAGUGUACAUCCUUCACUACCAAAAGGUUCAAAUGUAUCCUGCAAUUCAUUCCAAGUUCCUAAAAUGUCCCAAGACUUUUCAAAAGACCUUGAAGAAGGUGCACAGAGUGUCAAGGAGGUUCCAGGUCAGGAGAUCCUUUUCGUUCUCAGUCAGAUCUUCUGUCAUGUUCAACACAUCCAGGUGAUGAUGCCCGGAGGUCAGAGUGAACCCCUCUUCCUGUCUAGCUUGGAGAUCCUCAGUUACUACCAGACCGUCAUGUCCGCUUUCCCCGGCUGCAGCACCCCACUGGAGAACGAAAACACCAAGCACUUCUUCUACACCAUUACAGACAACCUGGAGAACCAAGAGAUGAAGUCUGUUCUACAGCAGAAGAUCGCUCACCUUGCAAUAUGUCCUGCAUGACA